ACCCAGCCCAAACCGGACGGCUCUCGAGUGUCUAGUUAGACUUUUUCGGUGUCUACGCGCUUCUAUGGUCGGGGUGUCGCCCAUAAAACUCGGAUUUUUGCCUUAGAUCGAUAUUUACGUAACGUAGAGUAAGGCGUGUUUGACAGAAUUUCUGCGAUAAUGCCUUUAAUUGUAUGUAGCGACGGAGCUUUUUCUAUAACUUGGAAGGUGCGGAGAGGCGUAUAAAACGUCGGAAGAGGGAUGGAGAAGCGGGUGGGGUGAUGUACCGCCAUGUGUUUACAAAGCGACGCCUCGAGCGGAUCGGAUAAUACCGACUCGAUGGAGGCCAUUCGCCGCACGGACGACAAACACCGACCGAAGGACUGUAGCGUGGUUUUAGUUCCACUGGAUGGGGACAUCGCCAGAAGGAAGACCGUUAAAGUGUUUUCGAUGGGCCAUUACGUAUUGGCUCGGAGGGAAUCUUCCAACUGGGAUUUCGUCGUCAUCGACGCCGGCGUAGAGAAGAACGGUGGCAAACUUAACGACCCGUCUCUACCCAUAUCCGUUUACUCCACCGUCAAUAACUGUAUCGUAACAGAAGUUAGGUGCGAAGAUUUUCGAAAGAGAAAAUGCCAUUUGGCCGCACAGGCGGAAGCGGAGGAGGACCGAGUGGUGGCCGACGUGGUGGACAAUUUGAUAGAUACGGUGGCGGCGGAACCCGUUCCGACGGAAUCCAUCGACUUCUCAUCGCCCGGACCGAAAGAGAUUGGACUGGUCAGAGAUUUCUGUCGAGAAAACGGUUACGAAUGGCGCGAUUAUCGAGACGUCGAAAGUCUCUUCACCUUUAGAACACUUCCGAGUUUAGAAGCGGAAACGAUGGUCGAACCCGCCAACCGCAGACCCAAAGUCGGAAGGAAGAAAACUGCCGACAAAAGAGACCGAGUAAAAACCGCCAAAAGUCGAACGGACCAAGUUACGAAAAGCUGUUGGUCGAACGUCGGUGCCUCGGGUCUGGAAAAAAUCGACAAUUUGAAAAUAAGGAAGAUCCUAGAAGACUUUGGAAGACUCUCCAAAAGCGAAGAGAAUAUUCGAGCUCCUAAACGAAAGAAGAUCAGAAUCGAUUCGAAUUCCGCCAAUAAGAAUUUGUCUUUAAAGCCGCUAAACUUAUGUAAGAAGGACAAUCGAGAAGCGGAGAAACCGGUUACCAUCAGCAAAUCCGUCCAAUCCGACAUAUCCAUUUCGGGAUCCAUACUCAGGACGCUUCUUCAUCAUCGAGAGAAUUCCAAGGAGGACGGGGAUAAAGAAUGGCGCGAAAACAGCCGGCAAAGGCGGGCGUCGGCGGAAAACUACCAGAAGAAGACGUCGAAAAAGUCUACGGCUCAACAGACCGACGGGGAAGACGAGAUUUCGGAAAAGACGCCGAGCCAAACGAACGGGAACGACCGAUGGUUAAACGAUCCGACGGCCAUUUUGAAAAAAAUACACAAGUUGAAAAAAGACAUCCUUUAUUUAGAUCUGUUAGCCGAAGAAAAGGAGAAAGAGCGCAUCGCCAUUCUGUGUUUCAGGAAUUACAAAGAGAGUAUCCUCAGGAAGAUCUUCGCCAACGGCGCGUCCCAAGACGUUUCCAGAGCCCAGAAUCGCGCCGUCGACGUCCCCAAACUCAUCCAUCCCAGCGCCCAACACCGGCCUUUAACUUCUGUUUUGUUUCCGUCCAACGAUUCCGUGGCGGAAGGGCGCGAUUCCUACGCCACUCUACCAGACCAUCCGCAAGUUCCUCUCAAUCAGAUCGACGACAAUUUUCUUCGUUUCGGUAACUGCGUCAAGUGCGAUUUAGCCAAAUCCGCCUUUCUAAAUCCCAGUUACCGCAAUCCUUGGUAUUGCCAUCCACUUUGCCAGACACAUUCUUGUAGUCAACACGAAAAAGAAUGCGGAGGAUUCGUAGUAGAUCCGUCUACGAAGUAACAUAUUUUUGCUACGUUUUCGUGUUAUUCGCAUAGAUUUAGAUACCUCGUUCACUGGUUCUCUUACGCAAAUAAAUUUUUCAUUUUAAAAAUAAUAAAAUAAUAUAUUAAAUCGUUUUUAUUUAAA